AUGCCUCUCCCACUUUUGAACGACACGCAGCCAUGCGCAAUCGUGAGUCCCGAUGCCACCUUCUUCAUCGGCGGUCAGACUCUCGGCCUUGAGAAUCAGCUGCGGACAGAAAUCGUUAUAUACGUGGGAGGCAACCAUGAAGCAUACAUUGGUGCGAUAGUUCGGUUUCCUAGAGCCAGAGGCACGGAAGCUUCUUUCUUCAAAAGCAAUCUGUCAGAGUCAGAGGACCUCGCCAUCACCAUCAGAUGGCGGUUGAAUACUCUCGACAACUCUGGGGGCAGUUUAGACUACGCCCCUCAGGUCAAGAUGCUUCUUCCAGAACAAUGCCAACCGGAUGAUUUUGGAAUUCUGCAGAUAAACCUGCGCCCUGGCGAGAGAAGUCUCAUCAGCGGUAUGGGUUUUCCUUUCCAGGGGAAAAACGUGGCUAUUGACGGCUACGUCAACUCCGGUUGCAACAUACAAGGAGGAUGGAACCUUGAAACCAUCUUUGGCCAGACAAGCUUCAUGAUUCUUGUGAAGAACACCAUCAAACCCUCGUUGGACAGCUUCAUCGACCUUGCACCGAAGCAAAUCGCCGCAAAAAGCCUUUACGGAAACGUACAUCACUGGGAUAUCAACAGAUACAGGGAUCAGAUGGCGUUUGAGAACCGAGUAGCACAUCAAGAUCCAGUCAGGUAUUUGUUCAACAGUCUCAAAGAUGCGGCGACUGUUAUCACACAGUCAAUCGCGCAAGACAACUGGUGGUAUGCCAUGGAUGUACAAGAUGUCAGAAAGGUGAAGCCUCCAUUGUUUCUCAAGGAUGGCGACAAGCCAUCAGCCGAGACGGACCGCUUCUGGGCCAUUACACGCCCAAGCCCAGAAUUCGUGACCCGAUUCAGGCGAUCUAUCGGCAGUUUGACGAAACCUAACACUGAGCUGAGCACCGCAUUGGGACCGCCUCCCUCGUCGAGUACUUUCAGAAACGACGGAAAUCCAGACAGGGAUGACCUCGGUUGGUCAGCCAAAGUCGUUCCCAUCAAAGAUGUGUGGUCUGAGGAGUAUCGGGGCGAUCGACCAUACGAAGACGGCGGCUACUUCGUACUUGAGGUACAUCGUCCCCAAGAUCCAACUUCUCCAGCGUACAGUAUUCGCAAUCAUCCAAUCCGAGCUUUUUCGCGGAUCAAAAAGCAAAAUCAUGAAGAACCAGUCAUUCAAACAUUCUUGAGGCUUGAGAAAGAAGCCGAAAGAGAGAACAUUCAUCUUGAUUUCUUUGACGGCCGAACAAACGGCGUUACGAGAAACGUUCUGCCCUACCACAGCAGCGGCCCUGAGACAGAUCAUAGCGAUAGUCGCAAUGCUCUCAAGAUAAACCUGCAGGAGUUCUCUAUCGGCCAUGGAUAUAGUCACCCCAUCUUUCACUUGCCCCCGGUUGCCAACGGCGAUGAUGAUGACGUUGGGCUCAUUCGAAUGGCGCGGAAUGUCUCCCUUGACGGUAACAUUUCUUCGGAAGCUGCAGAACCAACGGUUCAGUUCGAUGCUGCCUACGCAGACAUGGUGAUGUUGGAGCAUUCCUCCUCCUUUCGACGAUACAUCAAAACGGUACAUGCCUCGGCCUCUUCUCACAAUGCGGUACUCGACUUUGCCUUGAUGCUUUAUGAGAAAGGAACCGAAGUUGUGAAAGCUCUUCAGAAGCAAGACACGCGCGGCAUGCCUCGCCACAUCCCUCUCGUUGUCCGUGGAUACAACAUCAAGAAAGAAGUUGGCUCGUUUAUUCGGCUGGUGAUCAGAGGCGAGAUGGAAUGGGAGAUGUCGACAUGGUCCCAGCCUCUGUCUCCAUGCGAGUGGCUUCUGAAGCUAUUCGACCUGCGCCAGAGUUUUUGCCACGACAGGAGGUUCGCGGGUCUCCGGGCUUUUGUCACCCGAGACAUACCGCUGCACGAGGUGAGGGACUUCGUCGUUUUCAGCGGAGCCUCACACGGGGCGCUCGAUAAUACUCGGAAAGAAAAGAACAUGACGGCGCAGCAGGAGAGAGACGAACGCCUGCGAGCCGAACACUGGGCAAGGAAGCUCAUCCAAUAUCUCCUGGUGGACAUAGUGAAGAGUGCCGACGUAUUGUGCACCACGACUCACAAGUCCCGAGAUACCCACUACGGUGCCUUCCGGGAAUCGGCCAAAGCCGUUGUGCUUACGGACGCCGGAUCCAUGCCCAAGGCGGAGGCCAUCGUGGUAUGGGGUCCCUUUUUCAAGCCUUGCGCGAUUGGGGGCGACGUAGGCAGGAAGACCCGCACGUUUAUCGACCCCAACCAUGUGUCGGAUGGCAAGUAUGCGAACCACUACGGACCGGAAUCCCAGGUCUCCGUCCUCAGACAUAUGAUGAGCAGCGGCAAUGCCAUGUUUGAAGCGAAGUAA